AAAAUCAAGCAGUAGUUGCAAUGGCGAAACGUUUGAUGCCAACACUAAACAGGGUAUUGAUAGAGAAAAUAACAGCUCCUGCUAAAACUAAUGCUGGUAUUUUACUCCCUGAAAAGUCCUCCAAGCUGAAUUCCGGGAAAGUUGUAGCUGUUGGGCCAGGUCUGCAUGACAAGGCAGGAAACUUAAUCCCAACUGCUGUCAAGGAAGGCGACACUGUUUUGUUGCCUGAGUAUGGUGGCACUCAAGUCAAGUUGGGAGAGAAAGAGUUUCAUUUGUACCGGGAUGAAGACAUUUUGGGAACACUCCACGAUUGAGGAUUGAUAUAUUUGAGUUUGUUUACACAUUACGGUGGGAAUGAUGGGGUUUGGGGGGGUUAGUUUCAAGGAUGUUUUUGAUUAAGUAUUCGAAGUUGACAAUUGUGUUUUAUAUCUAAUGCAAUGAUAGUUGAAUAACCUUUGCAGUUCUAGAGUUCUUGACUUGGAAAACUUUUGUAUUUGUGCAAUUGAGGGGAUUGUGGUUAACUCAUUAUGUUUUAAGGCAAAUGUCAAGGGCGAUCAA